UGUAUGCACACGUUUGUCUGCAGAUCAGCGCGACCGAGGGAGGGCGCGGCCGGCGGCGGGAUGGAGCGGUACGGCUCGCUGGGCAUGCUGCUGGACGGCGGCGGCGGAGGAGGAGCCGGAUCCGGCGAGCUGCCGCCGGGGUUCCGGUUCCACCCGACGGACGAGGAGCUCAUCAGCUACUACCUCCUCCGCAAGGUGCUGGACCACGGCUUCUCCGGCGCGCGCGCCAUCGCGGAGAUCGACCUCAACAAGUGCGAGCCGUGGGAGCUGCAGGACAAGGCGUGCCGGGCCACGGCGGAGAAGGAGUGGUACUUCUACAGCCUCCGCGACCGCAAGUACCCGACGGGCCUGCGCACCAACCGCGCCACGGGGGCCGGCUACUGGAAGGCCACGGGCAAGGACCGCGAGAUCCGGAGCACCCGCAGCGGCGCCCUCGUCGGGAUGAAGAAGACGCUCGUCUUCUACCGGGGCCGCGCGCCCAAGGGGCAGAAGACCCAGUGGGUCAUGCACGAGUUCCGCCUCGAGGGCACCUUCGCCUACCAGUUCUUCUCCAACAACACCACCAGGGACGAGUGGGUGAUCGCGAAGAUCUUCGUGAAGCCGGGCACGGUGCCCCCGCCACGCAAGUCCCGCUACGGCCUGAGCAGCGGCGCCGGCGACACCUCCUGCUUCUCCGACUCCACCUCCGUCUCCAUGGGCUGCGGUGGCGGCACCUCCGCCUCGUCCGCGCCGCGCAACCAGCUCCAGGAUACCAGCUCGCUGUUCGCCGUGGCGCACGCCGCUGCCGCCGACGGCGAGAGCAGCUCCUACGGCGCCCACGCCAACAACAACAGCAACAGCGCGGCGGCCAACUGCCGUGAGCUCGUGCCCUGCUUCUCCAACCACGCCCAGACGGAUGCCACCCUCCUCGGCAUCGGGCAGUACGACCCGGCUCCGCUCGCCUUCGAGCCGCCGCUGGCCUUCUUCCAGGGCGCCCGCACGGCGCCGGACAACAACAACUUCCAGCUGCCGACCUUCUUCUCUGGCGGCCUGCAGUCCGGAGUGUCCCCGCUCGGCAUGGGAGGAGGGGCCUUCCAGUACUGGCCGUCCUCCGGCUACGAGAUGAAGCUGGAGGGCGCCGUCGGCCGCGCGCCGGCCCAGAUGGCCGUGGGGCCAGGCCAGCUUGAUGGCUCCGGCUGGAACUUCUAGAUCAGUACGCAUGCAUGACAGUCAUCGUUUGCUAAUCAUGCAUCAUGCCAUUAUCAGUUAUCACUAUGCAUGUGUCGUUAGUUAAGUAGCAGUAUCGAUCAUUAUGCUGUAGCAAGUGUCGAUUAUCUAUUGCUCUCCGAUUAUCUGGUAGCACAGAAGACUUCACUAGCGAAGUACUGAACUGGUAGCUAAGCUCCGUAGUAAUUUGUGGGUUAAUUAUUAGCUUGUCGUAUGGUGUAUCACUGGAUCAGACUAUGCCUAGUUUCUGUAAUGCUGUCAGUUCGUAUUGUGUAUCAGUAGAUCGAUCAUGUGUACCAGUGCUAGUGUAUCAGAACCUUAAUUUGUUGAAAUCAAUGUAUUGUAUUUGUAUCA